AGCCACACAAACAACAACAGCGCCAUCUCCACACUUGCAGUGCAUCUCCAGGACAUUGACACCGAAGCGCAGUAGAGACAACAGCAUGGCCUCCGCCGACGUGAGCAAGGCGCCGACAGCACCGCAUCUCCUCAACCAGAUCUCCAGCUCCGCCAUUGCAAAUAUCGACACCAUCGAGGGCCUAACCGACUCGGACGACCAAUAUGCCACAUAUAAGAAGCUGCAGCGCCAACUGGAGUACAUCAAGCUGCAGGAAGAGUACAUCAAGGACGAGCAGCGGAGUCUGAAGCGGGAGUUGGUGCGCGCCCAGGAGGAGAUCAAGCGGAUACAGAGUGUGCCACUCGUGAUCGGACAGUUUAUGGAAGCCAUCGACCAGAACACGGGAAUCGUACAGUCAUCGACAGGAAGCAAUUACGUCGUACGCAUCCUCAGCACGUUAGACCGCGAACUGUUGAAGCCGAGCUCGAGUGUGGCGCUGCACCGACAUUCCAACAGUCUAGUUGACAUCCUGCCACCUGAGGCCGACAGCAGCAUCGCCAUGCUUGGUGCGGACGAGAAGCCUGAUGUCACAUACGCAGAUGUCGGUGGUCUGGACAUGCAGAAGCAGGAGAUUAGAGAAGCCGUCGAAUUGCCGCUGACGCAGUUUGACCUCUACAAGCAGAUCGGUAUCGAUCCUCCACGUGGUGUGCUGCUAUAUGGACCACCCGGGUGUGGAAAGACUAUGCUGGUCAAGGCCGUGGCAAAUAGUACAACCGCAUCCUUCAUUCGCGUGGUUGGAUCAGAAUUCGUGCAAAAGUACCUUGGAGAAGGGCCUCGUAUGGUACGUGAUGUUUUCCGAAUGGCGCGCGAGAACAGCCCGGCCAUCAUCUUCAUCGACGAAAUCGACGCCAUUGCCACGAAGCGUUUCGACGCUCAGACUGGCGCCGACCGAGAGGUGCAACGUAUCCUCCUCGAACUGCUAAACCAAAUGGACGGCUUCGAUCAGACGUCCAAUGUCAAGGUCAUCAUGGCCACCAACCGUGCCGACACUCUCGAUCCUGCUCUCCUGCGUCCUGGUCGCCUGGACCGAAAGAUCGAAUUCCCUAACCUGCGCGAUCGUCGCGAGCGCCGGCUCAUCUUCAGCACCAUUGCGUCGAAGAUGAGCUUAUCGCCCGAAGUCGAUCUCGAUUCGCUCAUCGUCCGCAAUGAUCCUCUCUCUGGAGCUGUCAUUGCAGCAAUCAUGCAAGAGGCGGGUCUGAGAGCUGUGAGGAAGAACAGGUAUAACAUCAUUCAGCAAGAUUUGGAAGAUGCAUACACGAGCCAGGUCAAGGGUGCGAGUGAGGCGGACAAGUUUGACUUCUACAAGUAGAUGUAACUGCUCCGGCCUAUGGGGAGAUCUUUCGGUAUGCUCGACUGCAAGAAUAGCUGAGCGUAUGAGAGUAAUGCGAGAGCGCUUGCGGCAUGGGACUGCGGUAUCAUGAGCUGCAUUUGUAUCAUAAUGGAAUGUACCUCAUCUGCUGUCAUUCC